GGCAGCCUAUGACAUCAGCCAGGAACGCCUGGGAUGCCGCUGCUCCGGGCCAACCUCCGAGGAGUAGGAGAGUUCUGCCGGCUAAGAGUUAAUUAGCCCCGCGCGGCGAGGGGGGAGGCGCCAGUUUUCUGGGGACACUGGCUGCCACCGUACUCCUCCUACCCAGGGGAGCUCACGGAGAGUUGGAUGAAUUCCGGGCUGUUAGCUGCGAUCAGCCGGGCUCCCAAGAGCCUGUUCCUGGUGGAAAAAAGGGGGGCGUCUGGCAAAGGGACCAGCGGCUUCCCGAGCCUGUCAACAUGACACUUCUGGGGUCUGAGCACUCUUUGCUGAUUAGGAGCAAGUUCAGAUCAGUUUUACAGUUACGACUUCAACAGAGAAGGACCCAGGAACAAUUGGCUAACCACAGCAUAAUAUCACCACUGAAAAGUCCACCUGAAUUCCAUGAGCAAAGAAAAAGUUUGGAGAGUGACAAGACUGAAAAUUCCCUGAAGCACAGAGUCCGAAACAGGUCUGACCGUGCGGACUUGGUUAAUAUGCACAUACUCCAAGCCUCCACUGCAGAGAGGUCCAUUCCAACUGCGCAGAUGAAGCUGAAAAGAGCCCGCCUCGCCGAUGAUCUCAAUGAAAAAAUUGCUCUGCGACCGGGGCCCCUGGAGUUGGUGGAGAAGAACAUUCUCCCUGUGGAUUCUGCUGUGAAAGAGGCCAUAAAAGGUAACCAGGUGAGUUUCUCUAAAUCAGCCGACGCAUUUGCCUUUGAAGAGGACAGCAGCAGUGAUGGGCUUUCUCCAGAUCAGACUCGAAGUGAAGACCCCCCAGGCUCAGCAGGAUCCCCCCCAGAUGCCAAAGCCUCAGAGACCAAUAUGGCAGGGUCCCUGGGGACAAUCCAGGAUCUCGCUUCUGGGUCAGAAAAUGACAGGAGUGACUCAGCCUCACAGCCUGGCCACCAGUUAGACUCUGGGAAGCAGGGGCUCGGCCCCACCAGCACUGCCACCCCCGUGCACACUGCGGUGAAGUCCAAGUCCCUGGGGGACAGUAAGAACCGCCACAAAAAGCCCAAGGACCCCAAGCCGAAAGUGAAGAAGCUCAAAUAUCAUCAGUACAUUCCCCCAGACCAGAAGGCAGAGAAGUCCCCUCCGCCCAUGGAUUCAGCCUACGCCCGGCUGCUGCAGCAACAGCAGCUAUUCCUGCAGCUCCAGAUCCUCAGUCAGCAGCAACAGCAGCAGCAGCAGCACCGAUUCAGCUACCCUGGGAUGCACCAAGCUCAACUUAAAGAACAAAAUGAACAGAUGGUCAGAAAUUCAAACUCUUCUUCAACACCACUGAGCAAUACCCCCUUGUCCCCUGUCAAAAACAGUUUUUCUGGACAAACUGGCGUCUCUUCCCUCAAACCAGGCCCACUACCACCUAACCUGGAUGACCUCAAGGUCUCCGAAUUAAGACAACAGCUUCGCAUCCGCGGCCUGCCGGUGUCUGGCACCAAAACGGCCCUCAUGGACCGGCUCCGGCCCUUCCAGGACUGUUCAGGCAACCCGGUGCCGAACUUUGGGGACAUAACGACCGUCACGUUCCCGGUCACCCCCAGCACGCUGCCCAGUUACCAGUCCUCCCCCUCCGCCAGCGCCUUGUCCAAUGGCUUCUACCACUUCGGCAGCACCAGCUCCAGUCCCCCGAUCUCCCCGGCCUCGUCCGACCUGUCGGUAGCCGGGUCCCUGCUGGACCCCUUCAACGACGCCUCCCCGUCCUUUGGCCUGCGAGCGUCCCCGGCGCACGUGUGCGCGGAGGAGACUCUGGUGAGCAGCCUGAGCGCUGGCUCCGCGGCAUCUGAGCUGGACGGGCUGGACUCGGAGAAGGACAAGAUGCUGGUGGAGAAGCAGAAGGUGAUCAACGAGCUGACCUGGAAACUCCAGCAGGAGCAGCGGCAGGUGGAGGAGCUGCGGAUGCAGCUGCAGAAGCAGAAGAGGAGCAGCUGCUCCGAGAAGAAGCCGCUGCCUUUCCUGGCUGCCCCCAUCAAGCAGGAAGAGGCCGUCUCCAGCUGUCCCUUCGCGUCCCAGCAAAUACCUGUGAAAAGACAAAACGACGGCUCAGAGGCGGCCUCGCAGGCCUGCGGGGCUGUGCACCUCCCGCCCCGUGGAGGCGCCCCCUGUGUGGAGUCCUCGGCGCCGACCAGUGUGCUUUCUUCCACGUUUCUCAGCCCCCAGUGCUCCCCUCAGCAUUCGCCGCUCGGCGCUAUGAAAAGCCCACAGCACAUCAGUCUGCCCCCGUCGCCCAACAACCCUUACUUCCUGCCCUCGUCUUCAGGGGCCCAGGGGGAAGGGCACGGGGCCCCCUCGCCCAGCAGCAGCCAGGCGUGCCCUGCACAGAACUCAGGGGCACAUGAUGGCCACCCUCCAAGCUUCUCUCCCCAUUCUUCCAGCCUCCAUCCACCUUUUCCCGGAGCCCAGGCAGACAGCAGUCAUGGUACUGGGGGCAACUCCUGUCCCAAAAGCCCGGGUGUACAGCAGAAGAUGACUGGUUUACACUCUUCUGAUAAGACGGGGCCAAAGUUUUCAAUUCCAUCCUCAACUUUUCCUAAGUCAAGUUCAACUGUUUCAGAGAUAACACAGCCUCCCUCCUAUGAAGAUGCCGUAAAGCAGCAAAUGACUCGGAGUCAGCAGAUGGAUGAACUCCUGGACGUCCUCAUUGAAAGUGGAGAAAUGCCAGCUGAUGCCAGAGAGGAUCAUUCAUGUCUUCAAAAAGUCCCAAAGAUACCUGGGCCUUCCCAGAGCCCAACUGCCAUCCUGCCCAAAUCCUCGGGGUCCUUUGAACAAGCAUCUUCAGGAGGCCAGCUGCCCUUUGACCACUAUGCCACUGACAGCGAUGAGCACCUUGAAGUCUUAUUAAACUCCCAGAGUCCCUUAGGAAAGGUGAGUGAUGUUGCCCUUCUGAAAAUAGGGGGCGAGGAGCCUCCUUUUGAGGGGAUCAUGGACGGAUUCUCCGGAAAGGCUGCAGAAGACCUCUUCAAUGCUCAUGAGAUCCUCCCAGGCCCCCUCUCCCCAAUGCACACACAGUUCUCAUCCUCUUCUGUGGACAGCAGUGGGCUGCAGCUGAGCUUCACCGAGUCGCCUUGGGAAACCAUGGAAUGGUUGGACCUCACGCCACCAAGUUCUACACCAGGCUUUAGCUCCGUCACCACCAGUGGUCCCAGCAUCUUUAACAUCGAUUUUCUGGACGUCACAGAUCUCAAUUUGAAUUCUCCCAUGGACCUUCACUUACAGCAAUGGUAGAAUGCCUGAUCCAACAGUGGUCAAGAAGACCCAGAGGCAUUCCAUGGGGAAAGCACACAACAUAAAUGUUUUUACUACCCAAAAGAAGAAGGAAGUUAAAGAGAAGCAAUGGAGACUUCCAUGACAGUCAACAAGAACAAAUAAGGAGUCAUUUUUUAAAAUAGAUAUAAUGUAAUAUUUACCAAUAUUCAGUAACUGUUAAUGAUGUCAGCAAUGCAAUCAAAAAUUUGCUUUCUCAGAUUAUUAAGGCUGCCCCCCUAAAAAUUCUUUCACUGCUUUUUCAAAAUACUUUUUUUCUAGCCCAUCAUUUUUCUC